AUGCCAUCUCUAAAGCCCAAUGCUGUCCUCAUUGUUCACGGCGCCUACUUCCUCCCGCCAGCCUGGGAUGCUUUUAGCCACUCACUCUCCCAGCGCGGGUUUACAGUGCGAUGUCCGCGUCUGCCGACUUGCGGUGACACUCGGCCCCCACAGGCGCUAUUAGCCGAUGACGUCGCGGCGGUGCGAUCAGCAGCAGAAGAGCUGAUGGCAGAUGACCAUACGAUCCUCGUCCUAUCUCACUCGUACGGGGGAAUCGUGGCCUCAGAGGCCAUCACUCCAGACCUAUACAUCAACACCAAGGAAAAACCGAAGGGGGUAUCCCACAUCGUCUACCUAUCUGCGUGGCUAAUUCAACCCGGAUCAACACUGUCCUCUGUGAUAGAAAAAUACGGUUUACAGUGCCAAGUCGACCUGGGGAACAACAACGACGGCACUGUAUUUGCAAAGAACGCGCCAGACUCAUUCUACAAUGACAUCGAACGGGAGAAAGCAGAGUGCCUGGCGAGAGACAACGUGACGCACAAUUUGGCGGCUGCCAUGGGCGUAAUGACGCAUGCUCCGUGGAAAGACAUUCCCUGCCUAUACGUGCACUGUGCGAAGGAUUUGGCGAUCAGGAUAGGAUUGCAGGAGGGCAUGGUUAAAGAUGCGAUGGAGAAUGGAGCACGACUGGCAACGACGACAAUACAAGCAGGCCAUUGUCCGUUUCUCAGUCGGCCCGAGGAAUUAAUCCAAAUUAUCGAGAGCGUGGUAGAGAGUAACUAA